AUGUUGGAAUUAUACGUUGAACACCGAUGGGACUCGGCAUAUGUUAACUCAUCAUCAGGACCAAAAUGUGAUCCCAACGAGUUCGCUUAUUUGGCCAAGUGGGUGCGAUUUUCAGGUGCGGCCGGAACUCUUUUGGCUACCAGUAUGAUACCGCCAAAUCGUUGUGGCGCAUAUUAUACUGGUUAUUACACAGGAUUGAUGCCGACACAGCGUGGUGAUACCGUGACUGGAAAAGUUUGCUACAAUUGGAACACAAACACUUGCUAUAUGUCUAAUAUGAUUUCGGUCACGAACUGCAAAGAUUUCUUUGUUUAUGCACUCGUAGCAUCGCCAAACUGCUCUGGUCGAUAUUGUACUAUUUAA